CUGACGGGUCAGUGUGAGACACGGCCGUAAGCGGACACUUCCUACAAAACCCCGCAGCCACCACGUUACAGUCUACCUGCCGGCGACUGCUGGAUCCCACACGGUCGCCUCAGAACUGUCAGCUGUCGGCCCGACCGUGGAGAACGAGGACACCAUGAAUGGACCGGUGGACCGUUCGACCGAGGAGAUGUCCCCAGGGGACGUCACCUUCAUGUUCACUUCGGAAUCGGUAGGAGAAGGUCACCCGGAUAAAAUCUGUGAUCAGAUAAGCGAUGCUGUUCUUGAUGCCCAUCUCCAGCAAGAUCCAGAUGCCAAGGUUGCCUGUGAGACGGUCUGCAAAACUGGGAUGGUCCUGCUUUGUGGAGAAAUCACGUCGAGGGCAGUCGUGGAUUACCAAAAAGUUGUUCGAGAUACCAUUAAAUAUAUUGGAUAUGACGAUUCUGAAAAGGGUUUCGACUAUAAGACGUGCAAUGUCCUGGUAGCUUUGGAACAACAGUCUCCUGAUAUAGCUCAAGGGGUCCAUUUGGACCGAAAAGAAGAGGAUAUCGGAGCUGGAGAUCAGGGUCUCAUGUUCGGGUACGCAACCGAUGAGACGGAAGAGUGUAUGCCCCUGACCAUAGUCCUGGCUCACAAGUUGAAUGCAAAAUUAGCAGAGUUAAGAAGAAACGGAACGCUUCCAUGGCUCCGACCGGACUCCAAAACCCAGGUGACCGUUCAGUACAUACAAAGGAACGGAGCGGUUAUCCCCGUCCGGGUCCACACCAUUGUCAUAUCCGUACAGCACGAUGAGACCAUCACGCUUACCGAUAUGAAGGAGGCCUUGAAGGAUAACGUCAUAAAGUCUGUAGUACCUUCUAAGUACUUGGACGAGAAGACCAUUUACCACCUCCAGCCCAGUGGCCGUUUUGUCAUUGGUGGGCCACAGGGGGAUGCUGGUGUAACCGGUCGAAAAAUUAUCGUGGACACGUACGGGGGUUGGGGUGCCCACGGAGGAGGGGCUUUUUCCGGGAAGGACUACACAAAAGUGGACCGAUCCGCUGCUUACGCUGCCCGUUGGGUAGCUAAAUCAUUGGUACAUGCCAGGUUGUGCCGCCGGGUUCUCGUUCAGGUCUCUUACGCCAUCGGGGUCGCCAUUCCGCUGUCAGUAUCUCUUUUUACUUACGGGACCUCGGAGAAGACCGAAAAGGAGCUGCUGGAUAUUGUUGAACGCAACUUUGAUCUACGACCUGGAGUCAUCGUUAGAGAUCUCGAUUUAAAGAAACCAAUUUACCAGAACACGGCGUGUUACGGCCAUUUUGGAAGAUCCGGAUUUUCCUGGGAAGUUCCCAAAGAGCUGAUUUUUUAACACUCGGCACACGAAAGAAGCUCCUGUCAAUGAAGCAGCUCCCCCCCCCACUUAGAAAUUCCAAAAGGACUGCGAAAUAGAAUGUUGUUCACCGAUAAUUCCAAAGGUGAAAGGAAUUGCGAAAGAAUGAGCUCGGGAAUUAUUUGCCUACAAACACGGAACGUAAAAAGCUCUCGAGCCAAAGUCAACACUACAUCCCCCUACCUCGUGUUCCAGGAACCCGAGUUGGGUUUAUAUUAUUGGCAUCUGGAUUACAGCCAUUCAGCUAUCACAAUAGUCCAAAAAAAUAUUUAUCAACCCAAUAACCAUUGAAUUCUCCCCCCCCCGCUUUCUUGUUUCGACCACGUUAUGUAAAAUUUUUGUCAAGAUGUCACAAAAUAACAAUUAUUAUGGAAAA